GAACCGUCGUUAGCUAAUCUUUGUCAUCCACUCGGGCUUCUAAUAGCGUUGCACAGGUCAUCUUUCAGAAUGCACGGAUGCGUCAUGCCACAGCAAGAGCCUUUUCUGGACUCAGCACAGGCAGGUCCGUGUAAGAGCGAUGCCCGGGAAAGCAGGAGCAGAAGCCGCCUCGGUCUCAUCGUCACGGGGGCGGUGGGAGGGUCGCUGGUCGCCCUGUACGCGGUGGCCACCCCGUUCGUUGCUCCCGCCCUGAGAAAAAUCUGCCUCCCGUUCGUCCCAGCGACCACCGCUCAGGUGGAGAACGUCCUCAAGGUGCUACGGAACAGAUCGGGGACUCUGGUGGACAUAGGGAGUGGAGAUGGAAGGAUAGUGAUAGCAGCGGCCAAGCAUGGGUUCCAGUCAUCAGGCUUUGAGCUGAACCCCUGGCUGGUGUGGUAUUCUCGCUACAAGGCCUGGAGGGAGGGAGUCCACUGCUCCACCUCCUUCCACAUCUCUGACUUGUGGAAGGUUAGUUUUGCUCAGUACUCCAAUGUUGUGAUUUUUGGGGUCCCUCAAAUGAUGGACCAGCUGGAGCUGAAGCUGGCAAAGGAGUUGCCGAGUACAGCCAAGGUGGUGGCCUGCCGCUUCCCCUUCCCUACCUGGGUCCCUGAACAUACCGCAGGGGAGGGCAUCGACACUGUGUGGGUGUACGAUGCCAAGACAUUUAAGUCACAACUGCGACAAGGAAUGAUAAGAAGGACAAUGCCAGAAAAAGAGGAUUCAUCAGAUUUACACACAUAAGUGUAAACACUCAGAUUUUGUUGUUAAAUUUUCAUCUGUUUUUUUUUUUUUUUUAAAUCCGUGCAAUUUCUACUCUGGGAUGGACCUGAAAUGGCUGGGAAAGACUGAAGCUCUUCUUUAAAACCUCCCUUUCAUCAAUGUCUAUGUUAGACAAGAUUUAGCAGUAAAAAGUAUGCAAUGCUCAGCACCAGACCAGGGAUCAAAGAGAAUAAUAAUUUGAGAAGGUUCCUGACUGGAAAAAGUGGUGCUGGCCAUGAAUGAUUGCAUUGCCUAGGUUGAUUAUGUCAAGGAAGUCUCAGUGCAAGUUGUGUUGUUUAUAUUAUGUAUGAAAUCACUUUGUCCUGUCUAGACAGACAAAGGUGUCACCAAGAGGCUGGUAAAUCAUAUAAGCCCGUUUGACGGAAGAUCGCUGACCACAGUACUUCGAAUGCUGCCAAACAGAAAACUCCUGUUGUGUAUCCUAUUUUUA